GAUGCGGGUAGUGUGUGGGUGGAUUUGUAGUUUUGAUGACGUAAUAAGAGAAGUACAUUUCUGUGCGUGUUGAAGAAGGGGUAGUUUGUUGGUUUGACAAAAUCAUUCUUUGGCGAUAUGGUUUUGAAGAAGAAGGGGUUGGUGUAUAUAAAUGUUGGCCGCGCAAGCUCCACCAAUCACUCGCCCUCUAACCACCAAACUAAAAGCGCCAGUAUCAAAUAUACUGGAUUCUAGAGUGUUACAAAAAUCUACCCCACAUUGAGACGCAGUAAAAAUUCUUUUUGUGUUUCGUGCCUCGUGCUCCGGAAGAAGAAGAGGUUCAAAAAAAAGAGGGAAAAAAAGACGACUUGAAGACAUCGAGAAUCGCAUUCAGAAAAAAAAUAGUUUCGUGUGCCCCCCCGAAGACAAGGAUAUCAUUCUUCACUUCCGAUAAAAUGGCAUUUCGUGAAUGCGUAUUUCUUUUCAGUGUUUUAAUAACAAUCGCCCAAGCACGUGCAAUAGUUGUCAAUUGCGAAAUGUACCCCUUUCACAGUCAAUGUCGAGGAGUGCAAACAAAAAGAUUUGUCAUUGAACCUGGACAUAAAAAUCAACAUGAAAUCGAAUUCAAAAAUUUGAAAACACCAUCGUUUAAUGACGAGUAUAAUGGAUUGAAAAAUUCUCGACUUUGGACGACUUUAUUAGAUAAUGGUCUAAGCACAGAUGAUAUUUAUGACGUUUAUGCCUCGUCGAGUGCUUCAACGAGAGGAAAUAAUAAUAAUAAUAAUAAAAAGUUAAACAGGAAAAACAGCAUCAAAGACAGGCUAAGGAUCAGAAGAAUACCAAUAAGAGAUUUUUUGUCGGAUCUCGAGUUUCUCGACAGCGAUUAUUAAAAAAAAAUUUCAAACUAAAAAAAACACAUCUAAAAAACAAAAAUAUAUUUCAUUCAAUGACUUUUCACUCAGCUGCUCGUUCAAAAAAUUAUCUCUCGACCAGAAAAUAAAAACAAUUUUCAUUUUAUCAAGAGAAUGACAAUGAAAAUUAAUCUUUCUAUAAUAUAUAUA